AGGUUGCAGUUUCAUCGAUCCCAUCCCCAAAUAAAGAUGGUUGGUUAACAAAACAAGGGGGUUCAAUUAAAACCCGGAGAAAAAGAUGGUUUGUUCUCAAAGGUAAAAAACUUUAUUAUUUCAAGGGAAGAAAUGAUUUGGAAGCUACAGGUUUAAUUGAAUUAGAAGCAAAUUCAAUCGUUAAAGAAGAAAAAGAUAAAGAUAAGAAAAAGAAAUAUAUGUUUACUGUUGGUACUUCAAAGAGAAUUUUCUAUAUUUUUGCCGAAACUGAAGGUGAUAUGAAAUCAUGGAUGGAUCAAAUUAAAAAGAAUUUAGAAGGAGGCGAAGGUAUUGGUAAAAGCCCAUCAGAAAUGUCAGCUUCACCAAAACUUAACUCUAACGAAAACUCACAACCAAAGAGUCAAGGCACUCCAAGUGAAAAACAAUUAAGUGCUUCAUCACCAAGAAAUAAAAUUUCAAAUGCUAAAUCAGUUAUACCAUUUUUAAGAGAAGAGGAAAGCAAAGUUUUAGAGUUCUGGCAAAUUUGGUCGGAAUCAAUUCCACCACAAUCAGAUUUACAAAGCGGUACAUCAAUCGAAUUCCAUGUUGCCACAUCAAUUGAUAUGCAAAAAUUAACUUGGAGAACUGCUGGUCCACAAAAUAUUUUCAUUCAAAAGAUGGUAGAUUUCUUCUGGAAUGUAGGUGCACCAGAAAGCGAAAUUGAUAGACUUAAUGAUGUUGGUGCUAUUAUUAAUCCAGUUAAAAUUGGUUCAUGGAUCGAUAUGUCUGAUAAAGGUGGUAUGGAUGGUGGUUGGUAUUUCCCAGUUGAUAUCCCACUUAAAUUAGCCAUCGAAGCUUCUGAUGCUGGUGAACCAACUCGUAAAUUAGCAGAAUGGGCUGAAGCCAAUGAAGUUAUUAAUUGCUUCUCAGUUGGUCGUGAUAUGGGUGCAGCACCACCAAGACAAACCGAAAUUCGUCUUAAAUUACCAGGUCCAGAUUUUAUUGCACAAUUAAAUCUUGCAGUUGAUGCAUUUAAGACUUUCGAUUUCCCAGCAAUUCCAAAUAGCGCAUUAGAAAUCUUAUAUCAAAGCUCAAAUACAUUAGAAUCAGGUGGUUUAUGUUUAAGUGUUAUUACAUCUAGUGAAGGUUUUGUUAGAUUAGGUCUCCUCAUUCCAAAACCAACUCGUGAUGUUGUCUCACAACUUUGUGAAAUUGGUCAAGCUAACAGAGAAAGAAUUUCUAAAUUCGAAACUGCUUUAGGUGGUAUUGGUCCAGCUUUUGUCGAAUUCCAAUAUUUACAAAAAGGUUUUGGUUAUACUGUUUAUAAAGAAGGUUUCGAUAUCGUUUUUCAUUAUAUGGUUGGAGAAGAUCAUGCAGAAUAAAUAUUUAUUAAUAAUUUUUAUACAAAAUGAUUUUCAACUUAUUUAAUAUAUAAAUC